AUGCAUAUUUCAAAUCUUUUUAAUUUUCAAUCACUUCUUACGAACACAAUAACUACAACACCAACUACAGCAGAUUAUAGACCAGUUAUACUAUGGCAUGGAUUGGGAGAUAAUUAUAAUGCAUCAGGAAUACAUAAUGUUAAUAGUUUGUUAAAAGAUAUUUAUCCUGGAAUUUUCUUUCAUUCUAUAUAUAUUGAAGAAGAUCCUUCUUCAGAUCAACAAAAAUCAUUAUUUGGAGAUGCAAAUAAAGAAAUUGAAAUUGUAUGUAAACAAUUACAAAAUAUUCCACAAUUAACAACCACCACAACACAAGGAAUAGAUGCUAUAGGAUUUUCACAAGGUGGUGUUUUACUUAGAGGAUUAAUUGAACGAUGUUCAGGAAUUAAAAUUAAUAAUUUAAUAACUUUUGGAAGUCCUCAUAUGGGAGUAAUGGAAAUUAAAUUAUGUAAUGAUAAUGAUUGGUUUUGUAAACGAAGAAAUGAAAUUUUAAAAAAACAAAUUUGGUUUGAUAAUGUACAAAAAAAUAUUAUACCUGCUCAAUAUUUUAGAGAUCCUUAUGAAUUAGAUAAUUAUUUGAAAUAUUCUUAUUUUUUAGCUGAUAUAAAUAAUGAAAGAGAUGAUAAAAAUAAAACAUAUACUAAGAACUUUUCAAGUAUAAAUAAAUUGGUACUUAUUCAAAAACAGGUAACAUAA